GCUACCCAGGCCAUCCAGGGUCUGGUGUGGGCCAUGAGUGUAGAAGAUGGGGGUGUGCCAGGCCUAGCCCGCCCGAGACAGGCUCGCUGGACCCUGUUGCUGUUCCUGUCCACUGCCAUGUAUGGUGCCCACGCACCGUUCUUAGCACUGUGCCACGUGGAUGGCCGAGUGCCCUUCCGGCCCUCCUCAGCUGUGUUACUCACUGAGCUGACCAAGCUCCUGUUGUGCGCCUUCUCCCUCCUGGUAGGCUGGCAAACAUGGCCCCAGGGCACACUACCCUGGCGCCAGGCUGCUCCUUUUGCACUAUCAGCCCUGCUUUAUGGCGCCAACAACAACCUGGUGAUUUAUCUGCAGCACCACAUGGACCCCAGCACCUAUCAGGUGCUGAGCAAUCUCAAGAUUGGAAGCACAGCUCUACUGUACUGCCUCUGCCUUGGACAUCGCCUCUCUGCGCGUCAGGGGUUGGCGCUGCUGCUGCUGAUGGCUGCAGGGGCCUGCUAUGCAUCAGGUGGCUUUCAGGAACCCAUGAACAGCCUUCCUGGGCCCCCAUCAGCAGCCGGAGCCCGUCCCAUGCCCUUGCAUAUCACUCCACUGGGACUUCUGCUCCUCAUCCUAUACUGCCUCAUCUCUGGCUUGUCCUCCGUGUACACAGAGCUGAUCAUGAAGCGACAGCGGUUGCCCUUGGCUCUUCAGAACCUCUUCCUCUAUACUUUUGGGGUGAUCCUGAACCUUGGACUGUAUGCCGGCAGUGGCCCGGGCCCCGGCUUCCUAGAGGGUUUCUCUGGAUGGGCAGUGCUUGUGGUACUGAACCAGGCUGUAAAUGGGCUGCUCAUGUCAGCUGUCAUGAAGCACGGCAGCAGCAUCACGCGCCUCUUCGUCGUGUCCUGCUCGCUAGUGGUCAAUGCUGUGCUGUCAGCAGUGCUGCUACAGCUGCAGCUCACAGCCGUCUUCUUCUUGGCCGCAUCACUCAUUGGUCUGGCUGUGUGCUUGUACUAUGGUAGCCCCUAAGUCCUUGACCACCUCCACUUGUGACUGUGUAGAUUAGAUGCCACCACCAGAAUCACCUCCCAUCCCCCACUGCGUUCCCUAGCAGCCCUGUAACAAGUGCCUUGUAAGAGAAGCUAAGGUGUCCAGGUCAGCCUUCGCAUGUUCAGGUGGGAGGGUCACCCCUAAGAGGUAUAAAGAGUGGGCUUGGUGAAGGAAACACCUAACUGCACUCCUGUACUCCUUCAUACUCAAGAGCUCGGAGCCCCAAACCCAGGCCUGGGCAGCCUGUCCUUGAAGAGCCCUGCCUUGUCCUGCAUGUCCAUGGCUGCUCCAACUGAAGCUUCAGUCUUCUUACCUGCUGUGGUCACUCCUGAAGACUGUCCUGAAGCUUGGUGCUGACUGCUCGAGCCCAGCGUGAUUUCCACAUAAGAGAUGCUUAGUCUGUGGUGCCACAGUGCUGUUCCCCUUACCACCCACUCUUCUGCAAAGGUUGGAGGGAGCUGGGCCUUGACUCAUCUCAGGGAACAUUGCCCCUGGGCUCUGGCUUGAGCCUACGCUCCUGACCCCUGUGCUCACUCGAGAGCCCUGUUGAAGCCUACUUUACCUCGGAAGCACUUAGGAGGUACUGUUCUUCCCACUCUCCGUGGUGUCCUCACUUCCGACAGCUUGGGAGGGCUCUGCAGAGUAACCAGGGACCAGGUCCAGAAAAUGUUUAUAGCCAAUCAGUGUCUAACUACUUCAGCAAUAAGGUCUUAAUAAAGUGUUCUAGGGUGUAGGGUGCUUCCUACAACCAUUUAUA